AUGGCCGCAGAUCUGCCAGACCAGCAGAAAGGUCAGCUAACAAUAUCCCCCACGCUAUCCGGAGAGACUCAGCGAGAUGAUACAGUGGAACCCAUGGGAAAGCCCCUCCAUGAAGAAUCCCCUCUACUAUCCCCAUCCGGAGACGACGAGUCCUCGGAAGGACUGAUCGAUCGCGAAUCCAUACUACAAGAAGACCCCGUCGAUGACUGGCAGGAAACGAAGGGUUUAUGGUACAUGAUACUCUUGACUAUCAGUAUCGGAGGGCUACAACUAGCUUGGGCAGUGGAAUUGUCAAAUGGGACGCCAUAUCUACUAGCAUUGGGGUUGAGUAAAUCACUGGUGGCCGUGGUAUGGAUAGCAGGACCUCUAUCAGGGGCACUUGUGCAACCCUAUGUUGGGAUGCUCAGCGACAAUUGCAGGUCAUCAUGGGGAAAGCGUACACCGUUUAUGGUUUUUGGGGGUCUUGCUACAAUAAUAGCCCUCCUAGCACUUGCUUGGGUAAGAGAGCUUGUUGGUGGGUUUCUAGGACUCUUUGGCGCAAGCCGAGAAUCGGAAGGUGUUAAGAUCACGAUCGUUGUGCUCGCGGUUGGCUUUGUGUACAUUCUAGACUUUUCCAUUAACACUGUUCAAGCUGGAAUUAGAGCUUUUAUUCUGGACUGUUGUCCAAGUCAUCAACAAGAAACUGCAAAUUCCAUGGCAAGCCGAGUCGUGGGUGUCGGUAACAUUAUCGGCUAUGUAGCCGGAUAUGUUGAUUUACCAAAGUACAUGCCAUUCUUCGGAAACACCCAAUUCAAGAUCCUAUGCGUGAUAGCUUCAAUAUCACUCGCGAGUACACUUGCCAUCAGUGUUCUUACUAUCAGAGAACGUGAUCCACGUCUCGAAGUCGCUCGACCUAAAGGCAAAGGCGGCUUAAUACAUUUCUUCACCACAGUCUUCAAAUCUAUUCGACGACUUCCACCUCUGACCAGACAAGUAUGCGAAGUACAAUUCUUCGCCUGGAUUGGUUUCUUCCCUCAACUAUUCUACUCCUCUUCCUACGUUGGUGACAUCUACGUCCAGCCCUUCCUCGAAGCCAACCCCAACAUGACCCCGGAGGAAAUCGACCAACUCUACGAAAAAGCCACCCGAGUAGGCACGUUCGCCCUCCUCGUCUACGCCAUCACCUCCCUAGCAACCAACGUCCUCCUCCCCUUCUUCAUCGCGCCCUCCUACGACGCCGCGCUGGAAUCCUCCUCCAGCAGCACAAAAUCCUACACCACCCGCUUCACCCGCUUCCUCGACGGCCUCGUCAUUCCCUGGCUCACCCUCCGCCGCGCCUGGCUCAUCUCCCACCUCAUCUUCGCAACCUGCAUGUUCAGCACUCUGAUCGUCCGCUCCAUCACCGCCGCCACAAUCCUCAUCGGCGUCGUCGGCAUCUCCUGGGCUCUGACACUCUGGGCUCCAUUCGCUAUAAUCUCCGCCGAAGUCAGCAAGCGCGAUGCCCUGCGCCGGUCACGCGAUGCAGCGCAGGCGCAUAACCACCAUUCUCUCGACACUGAUCACGAUGCAGACCCGGAAUCCAAUUCACCAGAAAAUAAGAAGCCGGAAGAAGACCAAGCUGGCGUCAUCCUCGGAAUCCACAACAUGGCCAUCGCAUCCCCUCAAAUCCUCGCCACCAUCGCAUCAUCCAUCAUCUUCAAAUUCCUCCAGAAACCACGCGGUACACCCGGCGAUAGGAGUAUCUCCGUCGUAUUGGCUGCGGGAGGGCUGAGUACUCUUGUAGCGGCGUAUUUGACUAGUAGGAUUAAAGACGAGGUUGAGUUGCCGGGUGAGCUUGUGGGGGGGCAGACAAGGGAGCAGAGGAGGAGUAUGAGUCAGGAGAGGGGCCUGAUUAGGAGUCGGAGUUAUACUGGGUUGGAGUAUUGA